UCCAAACGUGUUUGUUUCCUCGAGACGCUUGUCCCACGCGCGAACGCGGCUGUCCCCUAGUAGCGUCGGAUCUCCCGGGAGUUUCCAAUUUUCGUUCAUCGUUCGCUCCGCAGGAGCAGGGUACAGUCUAGACCGGGAUGGCUGCGAUCAAGGCGCUGCAGCAGUGGUGUAGAACGCAGUGCGAAGGGUACCGAGACGUGUCCAUUACCAACAUGACGAGCUCCUUCAGGGAUGGAUUGGCGUUCUGUGCGCUCAUCCACAAGCACCGGCCGGAGCUCAUAAAUUAUGACUCUCUCAAUAAGGAAAAUGUUUAUGAGAACAACAGCUUGGCCUUCCGUAUAGCGGAGGAGAAGCUGGGGAUUCCUGCUCUGCUAGAUGCAGAAGAUAUGGUGGCUCUGCCAGUUCCUGACCGUCUCAGCAUCUUGACCUACGUGUCCCAGUAUUACAACUACUUCCAUGGCCGCUCCCCAGUAAGCAUUUCCAACUAGGCUGGUGGUGUGGGUGGCAUCAAGAGACCAGCAGAGGAUCUGAGAGAGGAGCCACUGGGGAAGAAGAACCAGCCCGUGAUUGCUAAGACCUUCUCAUCCAAGGCAACUGUAGACAAGCAGCCAUCCACUGCAAUGGCCAUCGCUCCCCCCUCCAGACUCUCACCAAAACUACACAGGGCCACAGAUCAGAAGAAGGUUCUUGGUGAGAGCACCAAUAAAACCGGGACCCUGAGUAGUACCUGCGUCAUUUGUCAAAACCAUGUCCACCUGGUCCAGCGUUACUUUGUGGAUGGGAAGGUCUACCACAGGAACUGCUUCAGGUGCAACGAAUGCUCCAAUACCCUUCUCUCUGGUGCUUAUAAGCCUGGGUCCAGGGAAGGUACUUUUAUUUGCAAUACUCACCAGGGUCCUAAGGGUGGGAAGAAGGCUGCUGUCACCAUAGUGGGCCUUCCUACAUGUGGCAUUGCAGCAGAAACUGCAUCUGGCUUGCUGACGACCAAAAAUAGUGCCAGCCACAUUCCUCAGCCCUCGUCUGUGCUCUGCACACCUGUCGGCUCAAGAUCCAGGCCUGUGGACCCAUCCUCCAUUUGUGGGCCCUGGACAGCAUCUGCAGCAAAAACACAGGCAGCCCGCCAGAGGUUCUUCCAGGGUGCAGUGACUACACCAGUCCCUGAGUCGAGCAUCUCGUUGGCUAUGGCGACCGCAAGUCCGUCUAAUGGCACACUGUGGCUGCAGGGGGAGAGCGAGAAGGGCAAAGCCAGGGCAUUUCUUUCACAGAGGCUGAACACCAACAAUAACAACAAGUCUAAUCAAGCCAAAAUUGGAACAGCACAGAGUCGUUCCAUAUCACAAGCUGUUACGAAACCAGUGGCGGCCACACCACAUGGAACCACCAGCAAGGAGAUGCUGUGCCUGAAGGCUGUUACCAAGGAGUCUCGAAGACCUCAAAGUCCCCACUUCGCUACCAAAGGCUCUGAUUUAGUUCCUCCUUCAGACUGGAGGUCAAACGUCAAACAUUUGACACAUGGAUCAGAACACAAAUCUAUAAGUUUUACCAAAGAUUGUUUGUUGGAUUUGAAUCCAACACCUGUCAGUGUUCCCAAGCCUGCUGUUGGCUCUGUCGCCAUGCCAGCUGUUCAGCUCACGAUACCCACCUCUCAAGGGAAAUACUCUUCUAAGCAAUGUCUUCAGGCUGCUGAGGCUACAGGUCUUGAGAAUGGAAAAAUUUUGUCACCCUUGAGCUCCCCCAGGCCUGGACUGGAGUCCUGCAAGAGCCAGUCAUGGGGCAGUCCUCAAGAGGACAUCCUGAGAGAACUGAAAGACAUAGAGGAGAGUCUGAACGAGCUUGAGAAGGAGGGUGUUGAGAUGGAGAAGUGUCUUCGGAAAUGUGAGGAAGAAGGAAAGGAGGGUGAGCUGGAUGUGUUGAUGGUGGACUGGUUUGCCCUGAUCCAGAAGAAGCAGUUUUACAUGAGAAGAGAGUCAGAGCUGGUCUAUAUCGCUAGAACACAGGACCUAGAGGAUCAGCAACCAGCAGUUGAGAGGGACCUGCGUAGAUUGAUGGAGAAGCCAGAGCAUCUUAAAACUGCAGCUGAUGUGAGGGAGGAGCAGAAACUGUUGUGCAAGCUGUUGGAGAUCGUGGAUGACAGGAACUCAAUUAUUCAGGUUCUGGAUGAUGAUAGGCUGAGGGAGAUGGAAGAAGAUGAGCAGCUGAAUGAAAUGAUGCAGCAAUUUGGUAAAAAGAAAAUGAAGAAAUCAACAAUUAAAAAGCUGUUCAAGAAGAAAAGUAAACAAAUUGACAACUCUAAGACGAUUUUAAAUGCAUCUUAAAUGGUAAUUUUGACUCAUGAAAUGGAAAAUUUCAUUUUUAAUGUCCAUGGUUUAGUGCCUUACACGUCUCCCCCUGAGCUGGGGCUUGGUGCUCUGCACAUGUAUAGAUUCCUGGUAAUUACAUUAUGAAUUACACUACCAGUAAUCACUGAUUUAAGGUCUAAAAAUGUAUUUGGAAACCAAAGUCAUUGCUGUUACACUUUUUUUCUUUUUAAUGCUUGCUGAGAUUUGUGGUUGCAAAAUUAUAAAAAUGAAGUGACUGAAAAUAGUUGCAGAUGGUUACACUAGAUGAAUAGUUUUUGUGACAAUUGCUUUUAAGAUUGAAUUGUUAAACAUGUUAGUAGCUGAGAAAUGUAUCAUUUAAACUGUUGUGCUGUCAUGAUUUGACACAAGACGUAAUUAUGAAAUGUCAAUGUUAACUUGAUUUUUAAUCCAAAUUUAAAACACCUGCAGUUGUCCACUGAGUUGCAAUACAAUGCCUGUUAUGAAUUUUAAGUGCUUUGGUUUUAGUGUGGCAUAUUUGUGAGCUUUUAAUACACAUUGAGGGUUUUCAUUUCCUUUGCAAGGGAUUUUUUUCUGAACAGUUGCUGGAAACAAUGGUGCUGAGACUAUAUAACCAGAAGGUGGCAGUGUGAGGUUACUUUUGUUAAGCAUGGGAUGAUGAAAUACCAUUUGUAUGACAACAGGGCUAUAUCGGCAGAGUACAAACACUUUAUUUUAGGCUAGCUUUUGAAAGUGCUUUUCAGAAUAUAGCAAGAAACUUUCAAAAUUUCUAUGCCUUAUAGAGACACUCCUAUUGACAGACCCAUUGUCUGAAGAAUACUCUUUGAAGAUUUCUAUUUGUAUUAAUGUUUUUAGUAUUGUCAUUAAAUUGUAUGAAUAUUGUAAUAUGUUUUCUUUGGCCUGAAAUAAAUUCUAAUAUUGCCUUUAAA